AUGUACUUCAACAUCACUAAGAGAGAAGACGGCUCUGUUAAUCUCUGCCCCGUCAAGAGCCUGCUAUUACAGUCUGAUGCCAGUGCAGAAGCAGAAGAAGGCGAUCGAAGAGUGUUGCAGGAACAAUGCAAGCACAUCUCCACCAUCUUCCCCUACUUCGACCGCAUCGACCUCGUCUGCGCCAGCCCCAUCCGCCGCGCCAUCCAAACGGCCCUUAUCACCACAGAACCCUACCUCCAAUCCGGCACACACAAGAUCCUAGCGCUGCCGCUCGCCCAAGAAGCCACCGACAAGGCCGCCAACACACCCAGCACCCUCACCCAGCUCAAGCAAGAGUUCGGCGACCGCGUCGACUGGCGACGAUGCAUGGACGUGUACGUUGACUACGACUCCAAUGCUGGCACCUUCGCGCCCGACGCCAAGUCACUGCGCGCCCGGGCGCUGGAACUCCGUCGCUUCCUGCGCGAUCGCGACGAGAAGGAGAUUGUGGUUCUGUUGCAUGGAGAUUUUCUGCACUAUGUGACGGGCGACUUGCAUGAGGAUGGGAGCCAGGCGAAGGGCGAUUGGGAGAACACGGAGUUCAGGAGCUAUCGGUUCUUUCCUGAGGGAAGCGAGGAUGCGACGUUGAAGGAGACGGAGGAGAGUGUGGGGAUGCGCAAUGCGAAGGGGGGUGGGGAGCAUAUUAAUUUGGGGAGAGGGAAGAGGAUUAUUUGA